GCAAACAUAGGGGUUGAGACUUAGGCUAAUUUAAAGGCAUGACAUCAAAAGGUGGGACACUGGAAUGGCGUAGACCGAUCCCCACGUAGGUACUAUAUACGUUGGUAAGGAUAUGGUUCCAAGGUUAGGUUAGGUUAGAUAAGGUAAUAAACAUCCUUCUUAGUUACAAAGUUCUGUGAUAGUUUAUUCCAGUUGCAUCAUCUACUAAUAUAUGAAGUUGGACCAAGCCACCUACCUUCACUCAAAAGUAUUUGAAAUAGGUAGUGUUUUAAUUUUUGUUUGUGGGGGGGAGGUGUUUGUUUCGGUGGCUUGGGGGAACUUUGAUCAUUGUCUAAAUAUAAAUUGUCAACCUUUACCACUACACUCAACACUGUCCUUACAGAAGGAUUUGAUGCAUCUUCCAGAGACAGCUCUUCACUGCCCUACCAACGAAGUCCAUAAAAAUGGCUGUAUAAAGAACAACAAAUCAGAAUCCAUUCCAGAGGUCUCACAAAGGUUUAAGGGAAAACUCCAGUUGAACAAAAGAUUAUCUCUAGUUGGGGCUGCAGAUGAAGCCACAUCUUCAAGAUCUGCAGAUUCAGAUCUAAGAGGAUUUGUAGCUGUGUCAGAGGCAGAGGCUGCAGGUUCAGGAGGGGAGGAUGUGGAUGAUGUUUUGCCAGCCCCAGUACGCAGUUUAGAGGUGCUGGAUGACUCGUGUACUAAGUUAACUGAUGAAACAUUCAAAAAGAAAUUGACACUGUAUUUGUCAUCAUUAGGAGGGCAUAGCCUUGGAGACACAGUUCAUAGGAUUAAAAAGCUUGGAAGCAAUAUUGUGUGGUCCUCAUAA